UUGCCGCACAAAGUGUAGGAAAAAUACAAGUUGGCGGAAAGAGAAAACAUAUUAAAGAAUAGCGUGGAAUUGGGAGUAUAAGUAGUAUAUUUUUGUUUAAUAUAAAAAAUAAAAAUUUGUAUCUAAUCAAAACACUUGCAAUGGGCAAAGAAAAGAAACAAUUUAGUAUUGGAGAUUUGGUAUUUGCUAAGGUGAAGGGUUAUCCGGCAUGGCCAGCGAAGAUUACUAAGUAUAACAAUAAGAAGUACAGUGUGUACUUUUACGGAACUGGGGAGACGGCAAACAUCAAAGUGGAAGAUCUUUUUCAAUAUGCUGAAAGUAAAGAAAAAUUCGCAACCGAGAAAAAUCUUAAGCGUUCAAAUUUUCGCGAGGCAAUUGAACAGAUAGAAGCAGCGUUGAUUGGAGAAGACUCGGCGCCAAUCGAUUUACCGGGUGCAGCAGCUGCGAUCGACGACACGCUAGAUGAUGAGGCGGACGGAUUUGCGGAGGUCACUGCGGAAGAUUCGCAAAUAGGCGAUAUCACGAUGCAGGAAGGAAUAGAAGAAGGGUUGGAACCUGUAGCGCCCACCAACGACGGUUCGAAGCCAAUUAAAACGAAAGAAGAAAAACAAGUUCCUGUGGUAACUUCCACCACGGAUAGCGCGGAAUUGGUCAGUCGCAGUGGGCGCAAAAUCAAAACAAAGCGAUACAUUGAUGAAGUACAGGAGGGGCCUAACAUAUCCCAUUCUCCACCAUCAAAGAAAAAAGUGCCAGCAGAAGGUAUUAUUGCGGAUACGAAAAAAUCAGCUAAGAAGUCGAGUAGUUCCUCUAAACCAACAGCCACGAUAAUUCCAACCGUAAAGCCCUCCGCUGGUAAGAGUGAGGUCUACAACAACCUACUACUAGCUUUUGUGCCGCCAGCUAAAUGUGUUGGCAUCAAAUUGGACUUUGGUAAACCAGAGUCAUUUCUAAAUACCGCUGAACGUACUCACUGGGAGGAGAAAGCUCGAAAAGAAGCAGAAGAAUUGAAGGAAAAAUUAGAAAUUGGACAAAUAAAGCUAGAAGCUGUAAAGGAUCGUAUUAUUAUUAACCCCCCACGAGCGAAAAUUCACCAAGAUGCUGCAAAUAGAUUCACUAACCAAAUGAUAGAGCAGGAGGAUGCACUUUUUGUUGAGCGUGACUUUAUACAAAUGUCACAGCAGUUGCGUGAAAGUUUGGGCCUUAAGAGCGCUGAUGUAAAUCGCUGUGUGGAGCUACUUAAACAAUAUAAAGAUUUCGAAUUGACUCAAUUGAUGUUGUUGCGAAAUCCAGAUUGUGUGGAUAUUAUUAGGCGCUUGCGGCGCUAUGUUGGAAAUUUAAAAGAAUGGUCUUUGAGCGCUGAAGAAGAAAUUGAGUUCAAGGCCAAAGCGGAAACUAUACGCAAUGAAGCGGUUCUUAUUUACAAUUAUUUCAAAAAACUAUUUAAAAUUUCAGCUGAUCAGCAAUUUUGGGAACCAUUCUGUGAUCAAGUGAAAACCUACAAGGAGUGCACGAAGCAUAUUAGUGAGCAGAACCGUAUCACCAUGAGUGAGAAAACAUAUAUGAACAUUCGCGCCAAUUGCAAUAAGGAUGGGAAAAAUUCUCAGGACUUGGAAACAGAUUCAAAAAGCGAUGGUGAGAAGGAAAACUUGACCGAAGAAAAAGAGAUAAAAUCAGACAACCAGAAGCAAGCCCCAAGCCAUACAGAAGAAACUGAUAUAGCAGAAAUGGAAGAUGCCCUUACCACUGCUGAAAGCAAUAUACUUGAAUCGUCUAUAUAAUCUUCAAUAUUCUCCGUAUAAAGGCAAACAUUUAAAUAAACAAGAUAAUUUAUUAGCGAA